GCUUCUGAUCGUACUGCGCAUGCGUCCAGCCCGGGUGCCAGCAGCCGGGCACCGAGCUACAGGUGGAGCUGUCGCCACCGCGCAGGGCACCCAGAACCCCCUGGAGUGACCAGCACCCCCAGCACGGAGCCCUGGGCCUUACCCAGCACCAGGAUGCACCGCUCAUGCCAACUACCAGGGGGGGCAGGGGUCCUGCUCCCCCCCUGCUGCUUCUCUCUGGUGAUACCAGACCACGAAAUUCCUCUGGUGAUGGCAGGUGCGCGGCAGCACGCCGCUGGUGAGGGCCGGAGCACCAGGCACCACCGGCUGCAGCUUGCCGGUAACUGUCCGGCAAUGCCAUGCCGAGAGGUCCCGUUGUUUUCCCACCCCGUUCCGCAGUAUGGCACUGCCAAACCCCCCACCGGAGCCUCUGCCAUGGGACUGACCCUGCGGCCGUACCCGGCACUGUGCUGGGAUGCUUAUGAAGAUGUUGAGCAAGAGCCCUCAGAACUACUGGAACUGUACCAGGAACUGAGCCCGGAGCUUCACACCGAGGGGCUGCAGUUCCCCCCAGACACCCUGCUGGAGCCGGCUGCUCCCACAGCUGAUCUGCUCCCCCUGGGACACCAAAACGCCAGGGUGCAGCCAUCACCAUGGCAGCAGCAAAGCCUCUUUGCUGAUUACCUACAGUACGUAGCAGCAACUAGCUCUGACUUCCUCGGUGCCAUUUUCCAUCUCAACACCAACACAGAGAAGCCAGUGCUGGAACAUCAUCAGGAGCCAGCACUGGCACCAAGACCAGAAGCAGCACCGGCACCGAAACCAGCACCAGCACCAGCAGAACCAUACGAGAGGGGGUUGUGGAAGCCAGUAAUCCCACAGCCAGUGCCAAUGGGGCUUCAGCAGCGUUUGCACCGUCUGUGGAUGGCACUGAGGGUCCCGGUUUGGGACCAGCUGGCGAUGGCAGUGAAAUACAGCACUGGGACAGCCUGGCAACAGUUACCAGCGGCACUGGAAGUUUGGGAAGUGGCAACCAGUGACAUCCUGCAGCGGGAGCAUCUCUUGGCACAACUGGAGAGACUGGAAGAAGGGGGCUCUGACCCUUCGCGCCUGUUCCGCACUGGCACGGUGUUGGCACAGCGUCGCACCAUUGAGGCCAGCAGUCGCCAGCGCCUUUGGGCUGCCUUGGCCAAUGUUGAGGCGCGGCUUCGGGUGACGCUGCGGCAGCUGCAGGAGGGAUAUGGGGACACGGUGACACUGCAGGGACGUCCCUAUGCCCCCCACGCCCGGAGAGAUAUCGUGGAGAUGCUUUACUGGCUGCAGCAGUGCCGGCGGGCAGAGGCGCUGCGUGGGGCUCUGAGGAGGCCAUGGGACCUCUGCUGCACCCCCCAGCCAAUACCAAUGCCCUAA